CUGCAUAUCGCCUCGGCCAACGGCUACCUGGAGGCUGCGGAGUUGCUGCUCGAACACAAAGCCAGCAUGAGUGUCCAGGACAACGACGGGUGGCAGCCCCUCCAUGCAGCCGCUUGCUGGGGCCAGAUCCAUCUGGUGGAGCUGUUGGUGGCCCACGGAGCAGAUCUUAACGGGAAGUCUGUCUUGGAUGAGACCCCGCUAGAUGUCUGCGGAGACGAAGAGGUGCGCGCCAAACUCAUGGAGCUGAAGCACAAGCACGACGCCAUCAUGAAGUCGCACGACAAGCACAAGUCUCUUCUCCAGCGCCGCACCUCCAGUGCAGGCAGCCGAGGGAAAGUGGUGCGGCGAGUGAGCGUGACGGAGCGCACCAACCUCUACCGCAAGGAGCACGAGAAGGAAGCCAUCGUCUGGCAGCGGAUGGAGCACCGCGAGAGUGAAGGGGAGGGGGAGGACGAGGACCGCCAGACGGAUGCCGAACUCCAGCAGCCGCUUCCGGCUCCUGCGGCGGCCGAAGUGGAGGCGGUGAGACCGGGAGGCUCGCCGGGGGAGGAGGCGUCCCAGCGUAACGGCACGGCCCACCCCAAGCACCUGUACUCCAAGCGGCUGGACCGCAGCGUCUCCUACCAGCUGGCCACGCAGGAGGAGCUCAGCACGGAGAAGGCCCACCACACCCUGGCUGACCUUAAGCGCCAGCGGGCGGCCGCCAAGCUGCAGAGACACCACCCCGAGGAGUUCUCGGCCGGCCCGGGGGAGGCCCCCAACUCGGUGUACUACACGGCGGCCAGCGGGGAGCCCCCCCUCCUCAAGCUGACUGCCCCCGUGGAAGAGAGCUCGAUCGAGAAGAAGCGUUGCUGUUACGUGAUGUGAGCUGGAAGGGCCUCCCAACCGAGUGGGACAUCCAGUCGGGACCGGGGCCUUGGCUUCUCCCGAGGGCGGGGGCCGGUGCUGCCACCAGCCGACUCUUCUUCUUCGAGAGCUGAUCCGCGGGGCAGCCGCUGCUCCCUUCAGGCGCAAAACAGGAGCUCACCACAGUGUCUUUCUGUGGCGGGCACGGGAAUGUGGCCCGCCAGACUACAAUUCCCAGCAUGCAGUCCCUCUGCUGGGAGCUAUAGUCUCAGUGGGUCGUGUCUCUGUGUGAGGGGGCGACAGCCCUUCGGCUCUCCCGAGGGAGAGUCCCCGCCGCAGUCGGGUGACCCUUGCAGGCUUCAAGAUCUCAGGGAAGGACUGAGCGGUGUGACUGCAGGGGCGUCAGGGGGGGAGAAGCCCUCGUGGUUGUCCUGUGGCGUUGGCACUGUUGGCACUGCCAGCCAGGGCACACGUGAAGGCCAGCCUUCCAGCACCUGGUUGCGCUGCUAUGGACAUGGGGAAGGCCAGGCGUCCUCCUCCUGGGCUGCACCGUUCUGCGUCUGGGCCUUUCUGUUUCUCUGCGAUGAAAGCCGCGUGCUGCAGCCGACCUCCGGGGUGGAGGGGUGACGCCGGCCGCCCCGGCUGCCCCGGCUCUGUUUUCUCAGGUUCGACUCACGGGCACCCCUCCUCCCACUUUCCCAGCGUGCCUCUCCCUAGAAGGGCGUGAGCUGCUCCGGCUGAGUUUUGAGCGGAGCGCCCCUUCCCCGAGACGGCAGGCUUCUCCUUGGCCAUCUUCUGUGGCUCAGGGGAAGACCUGUGGGGAAGUCAAGCUGGGGAGGAGAGUCUUCCCUUUUCUCCCCUUGAAGGGGGGGGGCGGCUUGCUUGUCGGGCUCCGUUGUUGAGCAGCAGGGCCCGUUUGCGGCCAAGGAGUCUGGGGACCGGCCGGGUGGUCUAUAAGCGGUCUACGACUCCGCCUUGGGAACUGCCCUCCGUGAUGCAAAUGGCUUGGUUCCCUCCCCUGCAUCGGGGCUUCUGUCGCUUCUCAGCAGAGCUCUCUGGCUUUGGGGUGCAGCCCAAAGUGACCAGACGACAGUGGCCUUAACGGGCUGCCCACGGGGCAGAGAGGCACCAGCUGCUGGGCCAGGCAAUAGCCUCCACUCUCUGUGAUGGGCAGCCCCUCCGGAAGCGUCUUGCCUGAGAUUUUGGUGCGGGGAAGUCCAGCACUUUUGCUCUUGGGUGGGGGGGUCACCCGCGGGAGCCUUUUUUCCAGCUGUUUCGGGGGCUCCCUUGCAGACAAGCCAGCCGGACCUUCUCUUUGUGGGGGGAACCAAUUUGUACGAAGCGUUCCUUUUCCCGAUCCUUCAGAAGGCAGCCCCGUGGAGCAGCGGAUUCCCACCGACCCCAUGGAGGAUUUCCUCUCUCUCUCCCCCCCUCCCCAGUGGGUUUUGCACACCCUGAAUUUUCUAUUCUCUUUUGCAUAAUCUUUUUCUUAAAUUGUUAUCAGUGUUUUUCCCCCCACCCCCAAUGUCUUGUCCUGUCCUUGGUGGUCCUGAGACUUUCUUGUCAUUGAUAAGGCAAUAAAUUGAGCAGCUGCU